UUUCAAAUGUCAGACUUCAUGUGACACUCGUGGAAUCUGUAAAUAUUGAACAUAACCUCAAAAUAGUGUGUUAUAUUUGUGUAUAAGAUAGAUUUUGAGAAGUAUUCUGUAUUUGUAAGCUUUAUAUAAUGUCUAAAAUGAAGAAAAACAAGUCCAACGCCAAACCUCAAUUCGAAAACACGAGGAAAGCGCUUCGGAAACAGAAACGUCUGCAGAAAAAGGUGCACCGGCAGGAACAUUAUUUGAAGAAGAAUGUUGAGAAGCAGCAGCCAGUGUACACAGCUGGCAGGUUUGUCAAAAGACCUGCAGAAUCUCCUGAACCAAAAGUGGAAGUUAAGAAAAAGAAACCAAAACUGGAAACACCACUAGACAUCCUGAACAAGGAACGGCAGAAAGAGAAGAAUGUAGAAAAGAAGCUGAAAAAUGAGAUGGAGGAACAGAGAAAGAGAAUGCUGCAGCAGGCCAAUGAGGAAGAAGACAAGAUUAUUAAGAAGCUGGAAAAGCAGCUCGGACUGAACAAGACUAAGAACAAGAACAGCUACUUUGCUGAUGAUGGACUUGAUUAUUUACUAGAAUUAUGUGACAAAUCAACCACAGAACAGAUUGUGGCAGCAGAGAAGCAUCUAGCAGAAGUAGAAGGAGAUUCUGACUUCGAAGAAGACUUAGCAGCAGUAACUGGAAAAGAAAUUAAAGAUAAAAAGAAAAAUAAGAAGAAAGAUAAAAAAGUUAGCAAUGAUAGUGAAGAAGAUUUUGGUUCUGAUGAUGAAAUGGGAAGCGGAGAAGAGUUUGAUGAAGAUUUGAGUGGAGAGGAAGAAGAUGGGGAUAUGAGUGAGGGAGAUGGCGAUAUGAAUGAGGAAGACGGAGAUGGCAGUGAAGGAGAUGAAUACAUGAGUGAAGGGGAUGGAGAAAUGAGUGAAGGGGAUGGAGAAAUGAGUGAGGGAGAUGAAGACAUGAUUGAAGGCGACAGUGAAGAAGAAAACGGUUAUAGCACAGAUGAUGCUCCUGAAGAAAAACCAACAAAAACAUCGAAAGCAAAGAAACAAAAACUAGCCAAUCAGAAAGAAGAGAAGAAAGCUGCAGCAGACACAAAGACAAAUAAACAAUCAAACAAAAAAGAGAAGAUUGUCAAAGAAGAAGAUCUAAGUAAAGUUUUCAGUGAUGAUGAGAUAUCACAUCUUUCUGGUGAUGAUGAUGAUGAUGAUGAGGAUUUGGAUGAAGAAGCUCCUGUAGUGGAAAAGAAAGAAAAGCCGGACAUUUGGGAAGAUAUCUAUGGUCGAAAAAGGGAUAAGGAAGGCAAUAUUAUAAAGGAAGAAAAAGGCGUCUACAUCCCACCACAUUUAAGAAAUAAGGACUCUAGUUCGGAUAAACAGCUGCUACAACUGAAGAGGCAAAUUAAAAGUAUACUGAACAAACUAGCGGGUACAAAUCUACACUGGGCUUGUACCUCAAUAGAGAACCUGUAUCAGUGCAACAGUAGGAACUCGGUGAACACGGCGCUGACGCAGCUGUGGCUGGACGCCACGGUGUCGCCGGCCGCCACGCCCGACAGAAUGCUGGCUGAGCACGCCGCGCUCGUGUCCGUCUUACAUGCUAAUGUUGGGUCGGAGAUCGGAGCCCACUUCCUACAAGAGCUAUCGAAACGGUUCGACGACAUGAUGCAGAGUCCACAGCCAGUCAGUGACAAGACGCUUGAUAACUUGGUGGCGUGUCUCGCUCAUUUGUAUAGUUUCAAGAUCUACCACGCAACUCUUCUGUACGACAUUCUGACCCGUCUCCUGGACUCUAUAUCGGAGAAGAACAUAGAGUGUGUUCUGGUCGCUCUGCGGUGUGUGGGAGGAGUGCUGAGGAAGGAGGAACCACUCGCUCUGAAGAACUUCAUACAUGACACACAGGGAAGAGUUGCCAAGCUGAAUGAGGCUUCUGCUGCUGGGUCCCGUAUAAAAUUCCUGUUAGAAGUUCUAAUGGCUGUUAAAAACAACAACUUGACGAAGAUACCGAACUACGAGCCGACGUAUGCUGAACAUCUUAAAAAGAUGACGAGAACCAUUAUUAGGAAGGGCAACUACAUCACUCCACUGAACAUCAGGCUUGAAGACUUGUUGAAAGCGGACGAGCGAGGCAAAUGGUGGGUGGUAGGUUCAGCGUGGGAAGGCAACAGGCCCCGACCAGAGGAGAAGCCCAGCAACAAGGCAGUGCCCACUGCUGACCAGAAACUGCUGGAACUGGCCCGGCAACAGAGGAUGAAUACUGAUGUGAGAAGAAGCAUCUUCUGUGUUAUCAUGUCUGCUGAGGACUAUAUGGACGCGUUUGAGAAACUCCAGCACUUAGGUCUGAAAGGGCAACAAGAGAGGGAGAUCGUACACGUACUACUAGCUUGCUGUCUUCAGGAGAAGACAUAUAACCCGUACUAUGCAGUGCUGGGACAGAAACUAUGCGACACUGAUCGGAAAUACCAGCUAUCAAUCCAGUUCUCAGUGUGGGAUAAGAUCAAGGAACUGGACAGCAUAUCGAAGCAGUCCACGACGAACCUGGCGCAGUUCCUCAUACACCUCAUCAUGGAGAAAGGACUAGCUCUUUCUGUAUUGAAGGUAAUACAAUUCUCGGAACUGAACAAGCAUACCGUCCGCUUCAUGCGUCAGAUUCUUCUCUCCAUAAUCAUGAAUGCGGACUUCCAAUCUUCUCUAGAAGUUUUCCACCGAAUUUCAAAACCACCCAAACUCCACUUGUUUAGAGAAAGUAUCAGACUGUUCAUUCAACAUUUCCUCAUAAAGAACGCUGGAAAGAAGAGUGAGGUCCUCUCUGCAGAAGAAUUGGUCACUUUAAAAGAACGAGCCCAAGAAGUUGAUAAGAUUUUGACUUUACAUGAGUCUAAGUUGAAGUUUUAGUGUUAUAAGUGUAAUGUAAGGUAUAACUAUUAUAUUUUUGUAUUGUU